AUGACCGAGCCCCGGGCACAAACCGCAGCUGUCCUCCCCUCCACCGGAGCAACCGCCAACAGCCGUCUCGAAAUCAAGAAUGACAGGCCCAUUCCCUCUCCAGCGCAGGGGGAGUUGCUUGUUAAGCUGGAGUUCUCGGGGGUCUGUCAUUCUGACGUGCACAGUGUUCGCGGGGAGACGCCUAUGUUGACGGAUGUUGCAGGGCACGAAGGGGUUGGGAAAGUUGUCAGAGUUGGCGAUGGUGUAGAUGAAGGGGCUUGGAUGGGGAAGAGGGUUGGUAUUAGAUGGCUAUACAGUUCGUGCCUGGAGUGCGAGAUCUGCGAGAGGAAUAAUACCGCUUGUCCUUAUCAAAAGAACGCUGGUGCAAAUGUGCCAGGAACAUUUCAGCAGUACAUCGUCAGCCCUGCAGUGCACGUAACGAGGAUCCCGGAACAAUUAGCUCCUGACGAAGCUGCGCCUCUGCUAUGUGCUGGAAUCGCGAUGUAUUCAUCGAUCAUGAAGACAAGAACUCGUCCCGGGGACUGGCUCGUCCUUCCUGGUGCUGGAGGUGGUUUGGGGCAUAUGGGUGUACAAAUUGCGGUAAGAAAGGGUCUAAAGGUCAUCGCAAUAGACAGCGGCGAGAAGAAGAAACAACUAUGCAUAAAACUCGGGGCCACGGCCUUCGUCGACUACAAAACUGAUGAUGUCCAAGACGCGGUGAAACAACUAACCGCUGGCCUCGGUGCACACGCUGUAAUCUGCACGGCAAACAGCGAGGCAUCGUACGAGCAAAGCAUGCGGCUUCUCCGUCGUUUAGGAGUGCUUGUGUGCGUUGGGAUACCUAAUGUCCCGUUCCGAUUGCCGGCGACACCGUUUGAUAUGAUUGUUAAAGGGCUAACGAUUGUUGGGAAUUCAGCUGGUACGGCGCAGGAGAUGAAUGAAUUAAUGAAGAUGGCAGUAGCAGGGGAGGUGAAGGCUCAUAUUGAGUGCUUUGCAUUUGAUCAGCUCGAUGAUGUUAUUCAGAGGCUUGGGAGGUCUGAGAUUGAGGGACGGGCUGUUAUGCGGAUUCCGGAAUAA